ACCAUAACGAUACUUCACAACAUCCUAUAAGGGCAGAGAAGACGCGUUAUGAAAGGGACAGCAGGCAUAAACUUACUUAUAGCUUUUUAGUAUGGACUUUCUAGGUUUGAAUGGUGAUUAUAAAUUCCUCGAAAUCGCUUAUAUAGAUUUGGUAAAAAACAACAACUUUAUUGUGCUUUAGGUACGUAAAUGGUUAGGCUAACUAGUUAGCUAGUGUCUUUCUAAAUAACUGUAAUUUACCUCGUUGCAUGGCUGAGUUAUGCCAUUAUUCUUAUUUAGAACAUUAUAUAAUAAUAAGUAAUGACAGCACUGGAAGAGGACCUGUGUGAUCUCCAUUUGAGUCUUGAUUGCGGUGAGAAAGCGCUAAAAUCCCCGAGCCGAGGAUUUGCGCGUCCACAUGAUGAUUCUCUUUCAAAGCAUCAGGUGAAUCAUGACUCAUCCGACAUGCUUUAUCUAAGCAGACAGAAGUUGAAGGUCAUCCCAGAUUGUGUGUGCAAGUACACGCCACUCAAGAAUUUGUAUCUUGAAGGAAAUGAGUUGUCCAGUCUUCCAGACAAUCUGUUCAGCUGUCUGCCACUUUUGCUUUGGCUGGACCUGAGAAAUAACCAACUCACGUGUCUUCCUGCUCAUAUCGGUCAGCACAGACGAUUGAAAACACUGUUGCUGGAGAGGAACCCUGUUACAAAACUCCCAGUAGAGUUAGGUAAUGUGAUCACACUACGAGCCCUGAGCCUGAGGAACUGUCCCAUCUCAUUCCCACCGCAGGAAGUUCUGCAGCAGGGUCUCACACACAUCCUGCAGUUCCUGCGUCGCUCAGCCAUGGCUCAGCGGCCCCUCAGCAUGGACGUUGCUGACACAGCUUUAGACAUUCCUGCUGUGGAGAAGUUGCCGCUGUCUGAGAUUCUCCAGUCUAGCCUGGAUCUGUGUGAGGUGGAUGACAACGAGGUCCAGCGCUUCAAGGAGCUUAGGCAGCAAAUGAUCCAAAUGGACCAGGCAGAUCUUGGACACAUCAUGCCAGUCAUUUCGACGCAACAUCACCUAAGAACAGCAGAGGGCGACAGAUCCCACAGAACUGGUCUAUCGUCCAUCAAGAGAAUGAAAGAGUUAACAAGAGGAAUGCUCCCAGAGCUUUCUUUAUCUGAUGUGGACAACAGGAAGAGAUCAGAGGAGAGAAGACUGGCUGCCAUGAGGGAGUUGACAGAGAAACAAGCCUUACUAGAACAAAAAAAGAAAAAUGAGGAGCUGCUGAAGAAGUGGAGAAACCAGGCCAAGAUCAUGCAGGAGAGAAAAAUGCUGGAAUACCAGGAGGACAAGCAUCUAAAAGAAGAGAACUUCUCCAGUAAUCCAAACAACACUGGUCAAACCCCGAAUAACAACUCAAGCAGUGAAUCCCAUCUCACUCAACAGACAUCAUUAAGAAAACAGGAGGAAAUGGAGAAGGCCAGGAAGGCAAGGGACCAAGAGCUUGAGCAGCGCAUCAGGAUUCAUGUUCAGAUGAUGCAGCAGAGACGCAAAAGACCUCAGGGCUCACCUGCCGAGGAGGCAAAGGCAGCGGCCCAGGAGAUGGAUGAGGCCAAACAACUGCAAAAGGAGCUUGCAGAAAGAAGACGGGUGAAGGGUCUGGAGUAUCGUUUGACCGCCUUUACUGGGGAAAGUGAAUAUUUAUUAUAAUCUGUGCCUGUGUUAAUUAACAUGGAGACCCACAUUUUAUUCUACAUUUCCAGCUACCACAGGAUGCAACAAUUCAGGCCAUUGGAAUGCACUGAAUAAAAGUAAAGGGUGCACUGGCUAUUAUUAUCAUUACUGGUGGUCUUGAUAAAGAUUUUGAGUUUGACCAUA